UAAAAAUCACAUAACCUAAUAGAAAAACACAGUUUCUCAAAAAUACACACAAGAUAAUUUGUUUAAUUUUUUGCAACUGCUUACAAACAACUACUUAUCAAUAAUAAGUACCAGACCUUUCAUUUAAUGGUAAAAUGGAUUGGAACCUAAGGUACGACAUACACAGCGACAAUGAAGGUGAAUUGUGUAAGGCUGGUCCAACCACCCGAAAUGUAUUAGAAAUGAACAGUGAAAAUUCGAUAUUUCAACAAAACGAUCUGUUUCCAUCGGCCUUUCCAUUUAUGGCUGAUAUAAGGAGACAAGGAAAAUUGUGCGACGUUGUCUUGAAGGUGGAAGGUCAGCAAUUUAGUGCCCACAAAAUAGUACUUGCCGCUACUAUUCCAUAUUUUCAUGCUAUGUUCAUGAAUGAUAUGGUAGAGUCCCGCAACAAGGAAAUUGAAAUUAAAUGUAUUGAUGCCAUUGCUCUAGAAGCUUUGGUCAACUUCGCUUAUACCGGAAAAGUAGUGUUGGAUAAGAACAAUGUGCAAAGCAUUAUGAUUGGCGCAUCGUAUCUACAGUUGAAUAAAGUGAGGGAUGCUUGUGCCAAUUAUUUAUUACAGAGAAUUCACCCUCAAAACGCGUUAGGGUUUCGUCACUUUGCAGAAUCGCUCGGAUCAUCGACUUUCGCAGACUCCGCGGAAAAGUACAUAGAAUGGUAUUUUCAUGAGGUAUCACAAAAUGAAGAGUACUUGAACUUAUCGGUAACAGAAAUUAAGGAACUGUUGAUGAAGAGCGAACUCAGAGUUGACAAUGAAGAGCAAGUGUUUGAGGCAUGCAUGCGAUGGGUUAAACACAAUGUGGAAAAACGAAAAGAUUUCCUGCCGGAGCUCCUAUCGCUAGUACGUUUACCACUUUUAUCGCCAUUGUACAUCACUGAUCGCGUUCGAAAUGAAGAACACAUUAGGUAUUCCAUCCAGUGCAGGGAUUUAGUAGAUGAGGCUUUAACAUUCCAUCUUAUACCUGAAAGAAGACCACUCAUCCAGUCAUUCCGAACAGAACCAAGGGUGUGUGACAUUAAAGGUUACAUUUACGUUGUCGGGGGUUUAAAUCGGCAUGGUGAUUCCUUGUCCACUGUGGAAUACUACGAUCCAAAGACCGAACAGUGGACAAUGGCCCCCCAAAUGUCAAUGAUGAGAUCUCGAUUGGGCGUAGCUGUGAUAAACCAUAAGUUGUAUGCUUUUGGCGGGUAUAACGGCCGAGAUAGACUGUCUAGUGUGGAGGUAUACGAUGCUUUACAGAAAAAAUGGACCACAGUAACACCAAUGAUUUGCAAGAGAAGUGCUUUAGGUGCGACGGCAUUAGGUGAUGUAAUCUACGUUUGCGGAGGUUAUGACGGCGUAACGUCGUUAAAUUCUAUCGAAAGGUAUCAUCCAAGUACAAAUUCGUGGUGUUCAUUAGCACCUAUGAACAAAUCUAGAAGCGCUGGCGCUGUUAUUGCGUGUCAAGGUUACAUAUAUGCGCUUGGUGGGCAUGAUGGAUUAUCAAUUUUCGAUUCUGUAGAGAGAUAUAAUCCAACUACUAACACCUGGAUUGAGGCUCCACCGAUGCUCACAAAAAGAUGUCGUUUGGGAGUUGCCGUUUUAGGAGGUAAACUUUAUGCAUGUGGCGGAUAUGAUGGAAGUUCGUUUUUGCGAACUGUGGAAAUGUUUUGCCCUAGAGCGAACAAGUGGACGUAUGUCGCCCCAAUGAAUGCACAGCGAAGUCGUGUGGCUUUAACGGCCAAUAUGGGUAAGUUGUGGGCAGUGGGAGGUUAUGAUGGUAUUACCAACCUUAUAACGGUGGAAAUUUAUGAUCCAAAGAAGGAUACAUGGGAAUAUGCGCCGGAUAUGAUAGCACAUGAGGGUGGGGUAGGUUUAGGGGUAAUAUCAGUUCCUUGCGAAAAAACCGAGGACUGAGCCGUGUGAUUUUUAAUAUAGAUAUAUAUGUGCUAAAAAGUAAUUUCGUCUAAGUUUAACUUAGUCAGAAAACAUUGAAGCUAAUUAGCGAAAAACAGUUAUUAUUAAAGUCGGUUUUUUAACUUAA